AUGGUGGACACACCAAAUCCAAUACACACCGGCGAUGCUUCACGGAGAAUCAUUUCGAUUGCCGUCGGCGAAGCUCACACUCUCGCUCUAACAGGUUUAUUGUCACUCACAUUCCGUUUUCACCUGUCGUUUUACAUCGCUAAUAAAAGUGCAAUCGUAGGUGAUGGGAAAGUGUAUUCUUGGGGAAGAGGGAUGUUCGGCCGGCUGGGCUCCGGUUCGGAGGAAAACCGGCAAUUUCCUGUUCGAGUCAGCUUCUAUGGUUCUGAUGAUGAAAGGGAAGAUACUCACAAGAUUAUAGGGAUUGCUGCUGGGGCUUACCACAGUCUUGCUCUUACAGAUGAUGGAAAGGUCUGGGGCUGGGGUUACAACAUCUUACUCCUUCACUACUAUGUGGAUGGCCAAAUUGAUGGUUCUGGGAAGAAUUAUUUAACUCCUCACUUAUUAAAUGGUUUCUCCGGAUCGGGAUCUCCCGACUCUUCAACGCAAGAUGAUGAUAACAAGAGAGGCAAACCACUCAAGAUCACAUUUUCGCUCAUCAGCACCGGAUCUCCACUCCCUUUCUCGAACUUCCAUGGCCGCACGGUCAUCAAGGUUGCGUGUGGAAACGAACAUGUGAUCGCAUUAGUGACAGCUGGCAAGGACCCGAUCUGCUACUCGUGGGGCUGCAACACCCAUGGCCAGCUAGGAUUGGGGGACAAUGAAAGUCGGUCGAGCCCCGAAAUUAUCGAGAAAUUCAACUCAGACUCCCACUGGGAAGUCUAUGACAUGGCAUGCGGCGCGGCCCACACGGCCGUUUUAGCAAAGAGAAAAUCGCCGAACGAGAUUCUCGAAAGCUUCUGCUGGACGUUUGGGUCGGGCGAGAACGGACAGCUCGGGCACGGGACCACACAGGGUUCGGAUUCGCCCGAGAUGGUCAAGAGUUUGCCCUCGGGGGUAUUUUUGGUAUCUGUCGGGUGCGGUUUGUUCCACACGAGCGUUGUCUCGUCCACUGGAAAAGUGUGGUCGUGGGGAAUGGAGAAGGGUUUGGGGCUGUGCCCAGACGCCAGGUUUUCGGGAACUGAAGCUGGCGAUGCCCUUCUCCCUCUGCUCGUUUCCUCCGGAUUUCGUGAACCCUCGCGGAUCGCAUGCGGUGGGGCCCACACAGUCCUUGUGACAGAUAUGGGCUACAGAGUCUGGGCUUGGGGCCGAGGAAUGAGUGGAGCUCUCGGGAGCGGAAGGAAUGAUGACUCGUACUCUCCUGUGCCAGUGCUGUGGCCACCGCCAAUCGGCGAUGAUGAUUAUAUUGGCAAAGGGCAAAAUGGGAAUAGCGGAGAUUUAAAUGGUCCGGAGAUUGAUAGGGAAAAGAUUCUUGAGUCGAGACUUUUGGUGGUGGAGAGUUACGCGAGUGUUCUUCAUGGCUUGAUUUUUGGGAGGCCGCUGGAGGUUGAUGAGAUUCCUAUCGAGUGUGGCGCGUUUGAUAUUGCAAAGGAGUGGGAGAGAAUGGUGGAUUCUUUGGACGAAAGGGGACUCGCUCGUUUGGAGAUGUUUUAUAGGGACAUGCGUGCUGGCGUGAAGGAUAGGCUCUUGAAGAGGAGGGUGUUGGAGAUUGUUAAGGAGCGCCUCAAUUUAAAUGCCUCGAGUGAAUGA